UUCAUUUUUUUUUUUAUCUUGUUUCAUAUUGAAGGAGUGGUGUUUUUCUGCUUGAACCAAAGGAAUGAAUACUCGGAUCUUCCUCUUGGGAAACGUAUGACGCGUCACGUGCUUACAGUGGAGGAAAUUCUGCAGUUCCCGGAUGAUUAUCACACUAAAGGCAUAUUGUCGCUUCCUUAUGGCGAUAUUGUGGAGCCAUUCGAAGCUUGGUACUCAAAAACAAAGAAGAUGAGCAGAAUUGACUACUAUAAUGGUGAGAAGAAAGUAGAAGAAAUAGCUGGUAAUAUUGUUGAGUGUGAGGUCAAAUGUUCCUUUGUUUUAAGGAGGUUUGCAAAAGCGCCCGCAACCUAAACAUUAAGCCCGUCUCAGUUUUCUCUCGGAAGCCUCUGGGAAGCAAAGGAGCUGUAUAUGCAUGUGACGUAGAUUAAGGAACUGUGAGGUAAAUUAAGAACACGUGACUUUAGAUACACGUAAACAAGUGAGGCAAUCUAUUGCAUUGUAGUUCCUCGGCUUAUUUGCUAUAUCGAUAUCUCCGCUUGUGCUCUUAUGCAUCUUUUUCUUGAAUCGAUUUAGGGAUGGACAAAACUUUUCAGCGUGAGGAUCUUGGUAGACACGGAUUUGCGUGCAAGAUAGUCCCUGAAUAUUCAGAGGAGAAGCAAAAAACGUUCACUGGGUGCCUUCAUCGAAGAGGGACAAAAAAAUUCCCCAUUAAAGCACAAAGCAUUAUACCAGCACCUCUGUAUUUCAGGGUACGUUUUUCCGUUUGAAAGUGCAUAGAUUCGAAUAGCUCGUGCCGUAGUGCCUAAAUGUUGACCCAUUAGGGCCGACCAUGAAACUCUUGCAGAAGGAGAGGGGAAGGGAGAGGGGUGAGUGAUUUCAAAUCAAAAUGUCGUGUGUGGAGACGUCUCUUAAUGUAUUUCCUUUGUUGCGUGCAACAAAGGAAAUAAGAGACGUCUGCACGCAGGCAAUUUGCCGUUAACUUGGCUCUAAAUCUCUCUAAGGCCGGAAAUCGCGCCUGGCCACCAAUAAUAAAAAUGAUUAAUAUUAUACUGCCGAACCAAUAUGUUUUAGUCCUCCCCGCCCUUACGUUUGCUAACCACUGACUGCCUUUUAGUAUUCAGGUGAUGCUGAAGUGAAUGGUACAGAUUGCGCCAAAUGGGAACAUUCCUUUACAAUUUAUGACAAGGUCAACACAUAUACUCUGUACACAACUAAACACCGACCACCAAAACCAAUCCGCUAUGAAAUGAUGGGGUACGACACGCUACUGUCCUCCUACUACGAUCAUUAUAUCCUGGAUUACGAGGAAUUCGAAGCUUGGAAGUUUAACUAUAAAGUGUUUGAAGUACCGACAGGUAUGUAAGUGUUACAUGAGAUUUCUUAAAUGUAGAGCUGAUUGGCCUUUUAAGGAAUAAACUGAACCACCAUUAACCAGAUAAACCAAAGUACUUCCCUUGCUCCUAUUUCUCACACAUAAUGGCUUAGUUUUGUCCUAGGUUUCAAGGGAUGUUUAAAGCCCUGUGCAAACGGACGCAACAUUAUUGGCUAACCACUCCCAACAUGGUUGGAUGUUACAUGUUGCGUCCGUUUGCACACCCUGUCGCAUGUUGUUGGGAGAUGUUGCGCAAAAUCUGAAACCAGUCAAACGUUUGAGCCAACAACUCCCAACAUUUUUUUUGUUCCGUGAUCGUGGAGGCGCAGCGCAACAAUGUUGGAUCCGCUUGCACAGCUCCUCCAAAAUUGUUGGGGCCACGCAUGCGCGUUACACAUGGUCUCCAAAGUCUUAUGGGUUGUAUCCUUCCCACGAUGCACUGCAGGUCCAAACAUUGUUGUGAGUUGUUACGUCCGUUUGCACGUAGCUUGAUGCUGUUGCUAAUUACGCUUUCUUUUGCUUGUUCAGAUCUUCAAUGUUUUGAUUUUUCUCACGAAAAACUGGAGAAAUCCGUCGGAGAUAUAAAUCCAAUGCUGGAAUUCAUGCCUCAUAGUACAUCAGGUUCACCUUUCACUCUAUCUCACCCAUCCAAUCAUUUUCACCCAACUGCUCCUUCGCCUUCUACGACUGACCCGCUACAGUUUCUCUUAGAAACCUUAAACAAAAUGCCACUGCUCAAGGAUGGUAAUUCUGAGGCCACCGCAAUGUCUAGUAAUCAGCAGCAUACUGAGAAAGAACAAGCCAUUCGCCCGUCACCAGUCCCCAAGAGCAUAGGCAGCAUAAAGCGUGAAUCGCGUAAGAAGUCGAGUUCGGAAUAUAAUGUUGCUAUGCGACACUAUGAAGAUAUCGUGAAUUCUCUGUUUAACUCGUUUAAGACGAGAUACAAGAAAAGUUAUGUUUCUAAGCGAGAACAUGAAACAAGAAAGGAUAUUUACAGACACAAUAUGAGGUGAGUUUGCAGUGGUCACCGAACUUAGAGAGGAUGUAAUUAAUCUUAGUUAAUAAAAGAAAAAUCAUACCCGUUAUCUCGGUAUUAUUUAUUUAAAGUGUUGAGAAAAUGUAGAGCGUCUUCAACAAUUGACGUUUCGAACGUCCGCUCUCCCACCAAGAGAGUGAUCUAGCCUUCAAAACGUCUGCUGCUUUUGAUUCCCUUCACGACUGCCAAUGUAUUUUUUUUUUACAUUUUAGUUGAUAAUAUAAUCUGAUCAACGAUUUUUAGUGAAUGUCUCGUUAUAACGUUUAAUACUACAUUUAUAGCUAUUACUACCAUUAAAUAGUUCUAUGAAGGGCGCCCAUUUCGAAGGAAAGUUUUCCUUCAUAACAAGUGAUAAAAAUUAUCAUAUUUUGUUGUGGUUGCCCUCUAUACCUAUUAACCUCGGAUGGUCGACUUUUAGCAAAUGGGCCUUGAUCACAAGAAAAUAUACGUCAGAUAAUACGUUCCUUUCAAUAAAGUAAAAAUUAUUUCUUUCAAUAAUGCCUUCCCAAGCAUCCGGGUCUUGUGGUUUGAGAAGAAGAAGCAAGCUUGACAUUUUGCAUUUAUUUUAAAUGGUUUCAAAGUCGUUCUGAAUAAUGAGAAUAUCACUCACUUAGCGAACAACAACAUCAUCAACAAUAAAGUAAACUCACGUUUAAGAAGGCAAAUGCCCUUAUCCCAUUGCAACAGAUUCAUCAGGUCCAGAAACCGCCAACACUUAGGCUACAGACUGAAGUCAAACCACAUGGCGGAUAUGACGGAAGAGGAGAUGGAGCAGAGGAGAGGACUGCUGAGGGAGGCUGAUAUUAAUGCAUUAAUCGGAGGAAAGAGAUUUGAAAUACCCAAAGGAAAAGAUGAGAGGAAAUUGCCUGAUGCCGUGAACUGGGCGAAAUCAGGUGAGAUCUCAGCCGAAAAAGUGCUUAAAACGAAAGAAUAGAUACAUAUCAGAUUGGGUUAACUGAGAGUCGUAAAACCGUAAACAAAACUAAGUUACUAGAGUGACUAAUCUGUUGAUUUAAAUUUUACUCCCGGGAAAUAAUUUUCUUAUUUUUUGUAAAAUUUCCAUUUACUUAUUUGCCACGUAAUAGCAAAAAUACACAAAAAAAAUAUAUCCGAUAAAUAGCAAAAGAGAAGUGGCGAGGAGAUCCCCCUAAGAGAAACUAUAAGGGAAGCUUAUAGCCGAACUACGGGCUAUAGUUGUUUACAUCAAGUGAAACAAAAGAUGGCGUCAAGUUUAAGAUUUUAGAUCAUUAUUCAUAUUUACUUAUUAAUUUAAUCUUUAGUAUUUUCUUAAAGAGAGGAAAGGGAUCAAACUCUUGAGACUCUUGAUCCCAACUGAGUUGAUGACUUCGUCGUCAAGCGAAUUGAUAAAGAUUUUGGAAUUAAUUUCUGGGUCAUUUCAGACCCAUGAUGUAUUACGAAUGGACAACUUUCUAAUUCUCACACUUUAUUAUUUGAGCUCCCGCUCACAUCGGAUCGAGUACUUACUCAGUCCUCCGCUGUUUCUGUCAGGUGCGGUAAAUCCCGUUAAAAGCCAGGGGAUCUGUGGAUCGUGUUACGCGUAUUCCGUAACGGGCGCCAUGGAAGGGGCUUAUUUCAUCAAGGUUUGUAGAAUGUUUGAGAGAGAAGAAACCGAAUCUCGCCAACUUUUUUGACUACGCUCUCUUAUUCUCUUCCGUAUUGAGGCCGCAAAUGUGCUAAAAUAGAACAUGAUCACAGGUUACAUCAUAAAAUUAAGUGUUGCAGUGUGAACCAGUAAUUGGUGAACUAUCGGUACUGUGAUUUAGGUUAUAGAAAUCCUCAAAAAAAGGGUGAGACUGCAUGCGGGAAUACGAAAAUCAAGAGAUGUGUUUCAAACUCGGGGUUUCUUUUUUAAAAAAAAAACAACAACCAAAUAAUCAAAAUUUAAAACCGUACUUUGUUGAUUUGUAAUUGGAGAGGGUUUCUGGGUUAAUUCAAUUCAUUUCUGUGGGUGCGAAAGUGAACACGGUCUUUUUAAAAAAAUAUGAGAAUAUAUUUAACAAUCGUUAAAAGAUGAUGUAAUGAGCUGUUAGUUCCGAUGACCAUGUUUAGUCUUCAUCGUAACUUAAUUUGCAAAAAGCAAAGAGAUUUGAGUUCAUAUGAUCAAUCAGUUCUGGAACCACUGAAGGCCUUCAAAUCAUGAUCAAGCCCUCUACGAAAAGCGUGUUACGAUUCGUUUAUUUGCAGACAGGGACUCUCCUAAACCUGUCCGAGCAACAGCUAAUUGACUGCUCCUGGGGAUUUGGUAACCGCGGCUGCAAAGGUGGAUAUCCUCAUCGAGCGAUGCAGUGGGUCAUUAAACAUGGCGGACUAGCUACUGAAGAGAGCUACGGAAGAUAUCUCGCGCAGGUAACUUUAAAAAUUAAACCUUCCUUUUUGUCAUAACUGUUUUUAUUUAUUGAUAUAGAUCUAUUAUACGCUUCCUUUUGGCAACUUUUUACCAUUUCACUCAUUUUCGCAGUGUUUUAGCGCGCAUGCUCAGAGCCAGCGUAACAAAUAAGACGUGCUAGUCCCAAGAGAAGUAAACGCAGCAUCUCGUUAUAGAGACUCCGACACCGGGCAGACACGAAUUUACAUCCUGACCACUGUUAAAAGCUUCGUGAUUCAAUUCAAGUUAUUCAGGGAUGAAGAAAUAAUAAUAAACUGCAUAAGACAACCCCCGCGUUUGAUUUCCUGAAGAGGAUUGAAGCUAAACUCUUCGCACAGACGUUUCUACGAAUUUAUACUUUAGCCUGAGAAAACAGCUUACAUUUCGCGACACUAUAACUGGUUUCCCCUCGAAAUGACGUCUGAGGUACGAGGGCAAAAAUUUCAUAAUGAUGAUAGCCUGCGAGCAAGUUCUCCAUUUGGUGAGCCGCGAGAAGUCACGCGAGAGCAGCACGCGAAAGGAGACGCGAGUGUUCUCUCGCAGCUCGCCACGCUCACCAUAAAUGGUCUGCGUCAUCAGUAUGAAUUUCUGCGCUCGUUUCUUAGACGCCAUUUGGCGGGAAAACCAGUGGUGGCUUCGCGAAAUGUCGACUGUUUUCUCCGGCUACAAACAAUUCUAUUCCUUUCAUUGAUAACAGGAGGGGCUUUGUCACUUCAAGAACACUACAACUGGUGCUAAACUCGACUUCUAUAUGAACAUUACAAAAGGAAACAUCAAUCAGCUGAAGCAAGCCAUUGCCUUUUAUGGACCCGUCAGCAUCCUCAUCAACACUCAACCCAAGUCUUUUAAAUUCUAUGGGUCCGGGAUCUAUUACGACCAAUCAUGUAGUAAGUGUUCUGUAGUAAAGUUUUCUUUGGACUGGAGUUUUGCAGGAUUUCUUUCAUGAGGUGUUUUUAGAGCAGACCUCUCAUCCUCCCUGGAAAGAUAAUUGUUUCAAUCCUUUUAGGGUGUUUAAAGCGCGCUUGUAGUCCUCUCCUGCACUGUGUUUGCUUCGUUUUAGGCCUGAGGAAGGCAACUGCACGAAAACUAAGGAUAUUCAGAAUAUUUAUUUGGCCACGCUGGAUGCGAAAUCUUUAUCAUUUCAUCACAGAGGCUGGAUCUGACAUUUCAAGUUCAUUUUAGAUUCCAAAAGAUACGGAGUUUUUCGACAACUCGUUGACAAAUCCAUCUCUAGUCUCUCUAGUUAGUAGCGUUAGGAUCAACGGCCUAGCCUUCGAGUAGGCUCACUUGUCCGCCGCAAAAAUCUUGCCCCAACUCUCAAGGGGAACAAGGCCUUGAGGUAACAAGGGCCCCGCUUUUCCAGGCCUUGAGCUAAGAGUUGAUUGGGUGGGGAACCACGUAUUAUGGUUCAAAAAAUGUUUCUCAGUAGUGAGCCAGAUUGUUCUCAAUAGUGGGUAGAUUUCAAAUCACGGUGUUAGACAAUCGCGCAUAAUAAUGUUAAUUUUUUUUUCCAUUUUUGCCCAAGCUCAUGCACUUGAUCACGCUGCACUCGCUGUUGGGUACGGAGUGGAAAAAGGUCAACCUUACUGGUUAAUCAAGAAUUCCUGGUCUAAAGCUUGGGGUGAUGAAGGAUACAUAAAGAUUGCAAUGAAAAAUGACAACUGCGGUGUUUCACAGAAGGCAGUCGUAGUGAAAAUUAGAGCCGAAUAA